ACUCGUUUGCAUCGGGACCUUCCGCCUCCGACUCCUUCGCCCACGACCCGGACGCGUCCUCCUCCUCCUCCUCUCCGCCGCGCCUCUUGCCUUCCUCCUCCUCCUCCUCCACACUUAGCUCUUCCUCUCCCUUUCCUUCCAUUACUCCUUUUCUUCCUUUUCCUCUCAUUAUUGCUCUUCGCCGCGGAACAGGCACGGCGAGGAUGGCGCCGCCCUCCGGAUCGAGCCGGUUUGUGCUCCUGCUGGCGGCGUGGCUGGCCCUCCUCGGCCCCUCGUCCAGCCAGGAUUUAGAGGAGCUCCACGACCUCUUCCAACAUGCUGUCGGCAACAACGAGACGGAGUCCAGCCUCCCGAACGGCCCUCCUUCGGUCACGUCCGUCGGGGGCCUGCUCGUGACGGCCGCGCCCGACGGCUCGUUCCUUCUGGUCAACGCCACCGCCACGACCUCGCCUCUGGACGAUGCCGAGGGCCCUGUUGUCCCUCCAGCGCCGAGUGCUGGCCUGUCGACCACACCGCAGGCGCCGGCGACCACGCCAAUGCCUCAAGGAGCGAAUGCUGCCUCGCCUUCGCCAAUUACCGAUGGAGACGCCCCGGGGCAAGAGCCAGCUGCCGACGACGCCCAGGCAGCUGAACAGCAGGGAGAGAGCGCCGCGCUGGCGGAAGCUUCGUCUCCCGGAGUGGAUCUACAGGGCACAGAGCAGCUCCCCGGAGGCGAGGAGGACGAGCAGCUGGCCGAGGCGCUCGGUGAAGGAGCUUCGACCGAAGGAUCCAAGGAUGAACUGAUUGACCCCGGCCUCCGGCCAGCCGAGGGCGACGCCCAAGGCAAUGGGCAGGCGGCGUUCGCUGGCCAGUUCCCCUCCGAUGGAAUUCCCGACAGCUCAGUUCCAGCUGAUGUAUUCCCGCCUGUUCCAGCCAACCAGUUCCAGGGCGAUGGAUUCCCAGCUCGUCCAGUCAGCCCCUUCCUGGGCGGGCAAUUCCCGGCUGGCGGCCAGCCGGCGCCCAAUUUCUUCCCAGGUGAACCCUUUCCGGCCAGCCAGUUCCCUCCCGGCCCAUUCCAGGGCGCGCUCUUCCCAGGCAACCAGAUUCCGGCGGGACAAUUCCGUCCCCUUCGGCCGCCCGUCGGCUCCUUCCCCAACGGGCUUCCAGGCAGCGCCUUUCCCCCGAGUCAGCUCCCCCUUGGUCUGACCCCCAACGGCCAAUUUCCGUCAAAUCAGUUCCCUGCUGGAGAAUUUCCUAAUAGCCAGUUCCCCAACAACCAAUUUCCUGGCAACCAAUUCCCCAACAACCAAUUUCCUGGCAACCAAUUCCCCAACAACCAAUUUCCUGGCAACCAAUUCCCCAACAACCAAUUUCCUGGCAACCAAUUCCCCAACAAUAAAUUUCCUGGCAAUCAAUUCCCCAACCAAUUCCCCAACAACCAGUUUCCCAUAAACCAGAUCCCUAACAAUCAAUUCCCCACAGACCAGAUCCCUAACAACCAGUUUCCCACAAACCAGAUUCCCAACAACCAAUUCCCUAGCAGCCAGUUUCCCGCGAACCCGGGCCCCGGGGGCCAAAUCCCGAAUGGUUCAGGCGGCCGCUUCCCCCUGGGCACCGGCUCAGCGUCAGGAACUCGGCCCGGGAGCGGGGGCGUGUGCCGGUUCUUCUGCAGGGAUGCGUCGGGCCAAUUCCAGUGCUGCUCCUCGUAGGGCUGCCUUGGCCCGCAGGAGAGGAGCGGAGAGGCGGCAGGGAAAGGCGGGCGUGCAAGAGGGAGAGAGAACUGAGCAAUCUAAGGGCGAUGGAAAGGAAAUAAUUGUCUGAUUAAUACAUUUCGUUUAGACGAAAGAUGUCUAAGAUAGUAUCAAUAACGAUGGUGGUAAUGAUACUGCUAAUAAUAACAAUGAUUAUAAAUAGCAUCAAUGGUAAUUAUGAAGAUAGACAGUUGUGGGAAGAAUGAGGAAGCCAGAAUUGGGAAUAAAAAUUAAAACCACUAGA